GUAUGUGUGUGUGUGUUAGAGGGAAGCGUAACUCUAGCGACACGUUCAAUUCGAUUUGCAUUCGCAUUCGAGGAAUUAAUCGGUUAUACUCGGGGCGGAUUGCACGUUUCGUUUCGUGCGCUCGAAUCACCGGCUGUCUCAUGGUCGUCGUUAUUGUCGUCGUCAUAAAUUCGCUCCACGUCCCGAAAUUGCACAUUUCGUCUCCCGUGCGGGAUAAGGUAAACGUCUGUACACUCUAAUAAUACUGUACCUAACUCUGAACAUUCUUAUUGUUUCGAUCUUUAAGUACAAAUAUUUAAACAUAUAGUAUAACAAUAUUUAAACAUAUAAUAUUUAAACAAAUAUUUACCAUAUAGGAAAUAUAUAUAUUCUACGUUUUGAAAGUUUAAAUAUUCGUAUUCGAAAACCGGAAUAAUAAGAAUGUGCAGAGUUAGGUACCAGUGUUAUUAAUGUCCAGACGUUGAUACUUUUACUUUAUAGGUAAAAAUAUCCAAGUAUUAUGUAAAUGAUUUGCUUUGGCGUUACCUGCCGAUCGUUACAAUUGGCAUAUUCCUAUGUUAGCAUAUUCAGUCUUUACAAUCCUAGUUAGUUAACUAGUUGUAGGAAGAAUCGAUCUGUCUUCGCCUUCCCCUAUCGUACUGUUAUUAUUGUCAUUUAUGUGGCGUCUUGGCUCUAACCGAACUUGGCUCAUAAGAAUCAGCAAUUCUGUUCAUUGCUGCAAAACGCGUUUAGUUCUUCCUCAUUGUCAUUAAUCCAACCAAUCUUUUUUCUUCGUGCUAUUUCUGUAAUUCUUUCCUUCGGCAUAUAGAUCUUGAUCGACGCGAGAGUCUCGGGCUUGAUACACUGUUUUUCUUUAUGCGGUUGUUAGUUCGAAUCCACGUCGGUUCGCGCAUCCACCCGUCAGCCGAGCAAUCGUCAUCAAUGAGCGAUCAGGAGCUGAGACCGCGAUUGCGGUGUAUCAUGAAGGACAAUCAGUGGUUCCCGAAGGACGAGACGUAGGGGGACAUGUCCCGCUGCUUGUCGUCAUCUAUGACAGGAUCGACAGAUGCGGGGCCCCUGCAGCCCCAGGAAGAUCCCGUGCCUCUUCCCGUCCAACCGUCGACCUUCGAGCGACCGGUAUCGGAGGACAGUUCGUUGACCCGGCGAGAUCGUCGCCGUCAUCAGCCGCGACGGAAAAUGACGUCCGCGCCACCGUCCGGGCAAACGAUACAAUUGACUCCGCUCUGGGAACAUGUGGUGCGCACGCGUAGGUUUCCAUCCGAGGUCGACACGCAGGCCACCUUCGUCGAGAUCUCUGAAAGACUUCGGGAUCCAGAAUGGGAGGUACGUCAGCAUGCCCUACGGGUGCUGAUGGACGUGCUACCGACUCUGAACGCCGAUGUCGUCGACAAGGUCAUGCAACCAGUGGUGCCGGAGCUGAUCAAUAAUUUGGGACACCCAGCGCCGGCAGUUCGUAAGGGUGCCUUGGACACACUGAGGGUGUACCUCGUCCACAGCCCCAAUAGGGACAGCAUGGUGAAAAAUAUCCUGCACGACGGCUUGAACCGUCCGGACGCCCACAAUCCGUUCCAAACGAACGUAACGACGGGUGUGAUCCUGAGCGCGCCUCUGUUGCUCUUUCCAUCCUCGGACAGUCCAGCGCCGACAAGCCAGGUCCUCAAGGACGCCACGGUCGCCUUCGCCUCCCGGUUAGUCCAAGUGCCGCAUCAGGAAGCCGUUCUCAAAUCUCUCAUGAAGAUCCGCGACGCGGUCGGCGAGGAGGAGUUCGAGGGCUACCUGGCGGAUUACGACGAUAACAUGAAGAAGAACAUCGAGAUCCUCUCCAAGAUCUACAAUAUCAGACCGGGCAAGAGGAAACAAGGGCGCAAGCACGCGACGGACAUUAUAAAGGCCGACAAGGAGCGCGUCUUGGACAAAUCUCACUGGGACAGCGACAGCGACACCUCCGGCAUAGCCGAGGAGGAGGACGAGACGCCGAAUGGUACCGGGCCGCCGGGAAGGGUCGUCCUGGAGACCGAGAUCAAAUUCAAUGAGGAGACGGCUAUCACGAUGACGAUUUUGGAAGAGAAAGACGACGAGGAAGAAGAUAGCGAAGAAGACGGCGAACAAGAGGACGUCGAAGAGAGCGACACCGUGGAUGUUCUCGCGGACCCGUUCUCGGAAGACAAACGGAAGACACCCAGACGGGUGCAUUUCGGCGGCGAGAUCGUCAAGCUGAGGACACCCGACAGCGACGAGACGGAAUCGAUCGAGAUCGCGGCGCCGAAGACCCGGAUACCGCUUCCUGUGUCGCCAGCCACGAAGAUGCCGGAGAGGGCUCGACGGCGGCCUUGGUCGCAACCGUGCAGCCCUCACGCGGAGAAGCGAGGGUCGAAGCGGGCUUCCAGGUCAGCCUCUAGCAGUCCCAAGAGAGAGGCGUACACGCACAACGCGCAGCUGAGCCCGAAAAAGAGCAUUCUCGCGCGGACGACCAGCGGGGGGCCCGUCAUCGUUGUCGACCCUGCGACGGAGGAGAUGAAGAGUGCGAAGGAGCGGAGAAACGGUGAGAACACGGUCCUAGAAGACGAGGGCUCUCGUGCGACCGGUAGCUCUCAGCAGAGCGACGAGACGUCGAACAAGGAACAAGCGGCGCCGUCGUCGCCGAGUCAAGGCGAGAAGAAGAAGCCCAAGGACGACGACGACGCACCUACUGUGCUUCAAGUCGCAACCGCGGAAGAAGCUUUGAACACGUCUGCAACGGAGGAGCGAGUCAUUCCUAAAAGAGGUGACAAUCGCGUGGACGCGGUCGGCUCCAACGAGAACGACGUGGUCGAAGUUACCUCGAGACAGUCGAAAGAUCACGUGCUGACGGAGGCACCGAGCCCAUCCCGCAGGUCGCACAUAAUGAACAGAGAAGAUACCCAGGUGGGUGACGAGGCUUUCGAAAUGGAAGGAGGACGCUUGAAUGAGCGAAACGUCGUUUCGGGGAGCGACUUCUUUUUCGGUGAGGUCAAGAGCAACGUCAAUGUGAGCGACUUAGCGUUCGGCUCGCCGGUAUACGAGUGCAACGCGCGAAUCAACCGGCUGGUCGGCGGUGACUUCGUCGACGAGAUCGAGCAGGUCGCCGGGCUGAUCACGGAGGUGGAUAGCGACGGCGAACAGAAAGGACGCGGUCAACGCGACAGAAAGAACGCGUCAGAGUCGAACGGAAGCGUCACUUGCAGCAGCAGCGAGGGCGAGGGCAAGCCGCAGGAGCCCAACUGGGAGGAACUGGGUCUGGUCAGUCAGGAGGUUUUGGACGACUUGCAUAAUAAGGACGAUUGGCGAGCGCGCGUGAGAGCCUUAGAGAGAGUCGCGUCGGCCCUGCGGACGUCCUCGGCCCUGAUCGCGAUAGAGUCGCGAUUAGGAUCGCUCUUGCAUGCAGUGCUCGGCGGCGAAAGGAGCUGCCGGGUGGCCGCUGCCGGUUUAACGGUGGCGAAGGUUGUCGUGGCUGGCGUCUCGGAGGACGCGCUCAAAAAGAAAUUACCGCAGUUGGCAUGGGGACUUGCCAGACAAGGCGGUCCAGCCGCGGCGCAGCUCGCUAGGAUCGCAAUGAUCAGGCUCAAGCCCAGCCUGUUCCUGGAGCAAAUGUUGCAGCCGCAUUGUCUAAGCGCCAGGAACGCUAAGACGAGAGAGAACGCGCUGCAACUGUUGAUCUUCUCGCUGGUGACGUUUCCGAGUACGGAGUUCAAGCUGGAAACUGUGGCCAACCGUGUGGCGAUGAUGGUCGCAGAUCGGCGACGAAGAGUACGUCAAGCUGCACUCGAUACCUUGGCAGUUUUGGCGCAGAUCUACGACCCUGAGGAGGUCCUGCAAGCGGGGAGACGAGCGGGCGACGGGAGCCCCGACGCCGAGGCGAUGUUGGCCGCGAUCAGAGCUCGGCUGGCCAGGAAGUCGCUGCCGUUGGUAUCGGCCGACGGCCUCGUGGUGUACGGUUUGCAAAUUUCACCGACUGUUCAGAUCGCUACUGGUCCCGAUGUCGAUUGGAUCGUGGCAGGAAGCGGCUCGGUUUCACCAGGCACCGGUCGCACCAGAGGUCAAAUCAUCGCCACGUCCAGGUCUGCGCAGGGAAGGGCGUCCAGGAACGUCAAUAAUAACCGCGAAAGCCCGUGGACGGAGAGACCCAAUCUCGUCGCGCUCGGUGUCGGCCUGCAGUCCAAGAGCGAACAAUCGGUGGCUUGGCAAAUAUUGCCUUCGCAGAGUAACGAUGACAAUGAAGAUGAGAUAACGGGGCCGAACGGACGAAACGCAAAUGCGGGGGUGCCUCCGAACUUCAAUCUGAGAUUCGGGGAACAACUGCGAUCGUCUUACACGUCGUCGACUCAGCUGCACGAUCCUGUCGGGACGGACUCUAAGAAUCUCAAAGAGAUCUCCGACAAUAAUUUCGGCGAACAGAAAGCGCGAAGUCGUAAAGAUCUUAAUGAAAUCGCUAAAGAAAAGGACACAACUGUCAGAGGAGAAUCAAAGAUCCCGGUGUUGCUGAUGCGCGAGCGUCACAAGAUAACGUCGCAGAAUCGCGAGAAGUCCGUCAACUUGGAGUACGUCAACCUCAACUUGCGAAAACAAACGAAAGACGCCCUGGACAGUAACCGAAAUCGAAUAAAUUCGCGGCAGGAGAACAAUGUCGGAUCAUACGCGAGUACGUACCAACGGAGGAAGCGUCUUCAGCAAGAGGAGGCGAGCCAGUUUCUGAAUCAGACGUUCGACUCGCACUGCGGCAGUUAUCAUUCAUCCUCCUACGUGAAAGCCUUGGGAACCAGAGAGUACAGCGGCGUCACGGACAGCAGAGAGGGAAUUUUCUCGGACGAUAAUUCGCAUUAUUACGGCAGAUUCGUAGAUAACGAGACAUUUACGAGUAAAAACGAGAGCUCAGAUUACACGGGAGGAGGAGGAGGACGACAACGAUCGUUAUCCAGAAACAUGCAACAGCAAACGCUCGUUGAAACGUACAGCUCGAUUCACGAACGACAGAAGCUGAUAGACAAGAACACGUACCGACCGUUGCGGACCGCUCCGAGUCCGUUGACUCGCGUGAGCCGGGAACUUCCAAAUUUCAAUUCGCAAGACGCGGAUAGCGAGAAGGACGCGAUAUUCCGGUCCAGAGAUCGUAGGACGAAGGACGUGCAACAAAGGGCCGAGGUGGACCCGACGUCGUCGGAUCCACGGGAGAACGGGCGUCCCUUUUCGGAAAAUUUCGCCGAUCCUCAUCGAAGAAGGUUGCGGUCAUUGUCGCCGACGCAGCUCCACCAAUCAAGGCAAUUCGUCAGGCUGGCUUCCAGCAGGUAUCACGCCGCGUCGAUGUACGACAUCGAUAAAGCGACGGUGAACGAGGAGGAAUAUAAUGCGCGGAACAAGCGCCACUUCUCGACUGAGACGAGGAAUUACAACUUGCAAAAUUCGAACAAGGAGGAAUCCCGGUGUCAAGAGUUUCUACGUUCCUUCUCAGUCACCGAGCGCGCGCGCGAGUCCGCCAAAAGCGCGAGCAGCUCGUCGCCGGACAGGAGCGAUCGGCGAGGCGUUCUCGCGGAUAAUCGAGACGCUGCGCCGCGAGAUUACGGCAAGAAUAGCAACAAGAGCAACAAUAACAACAACGAUGACGACGACGACGACGACGACGACGAAGACGACGACGACGGUGACGGCAGCGGAUCGUCGACCCCGCGCAGCCAGUAUGCCGACCCGGCGUUUGACGUCAUCACACAACAGACGACGAGUCGUCAGAGUCGCGACGACGUCGACUCCUUUUUCGGUGGCCCACCGUACACAGGAAAUGAUAGAUUAAUAAUAGAUUUUUUCACGUAUUUGGAGUCGUUACUUCUACGGCGAAAAUAUAACGGGGGACCAUCAUUUGACGCAACAUUUUAUUUUCCAACGUUAAACAUCACGACGCCGGUGGAUGACAAGAAAGUGGAACGUCCGAUCGAAGGGAUGGACGCGCUGAUCGAGGACGAGGCGUCGAAGGAAUGGAGCAGCGAGGACGAGAUGAAACCGACGAGCCGAAUUGGUACAAUUUCGAGGCACUCGGAACGCGGCGAGCCGAUCGCGAUGGUGGAUGAGAAUUGCAACGGCAGCACGACCGGGAGCAGCUCCGAACAACCGGAGAGUCGCGCGAGAAGAAGAUCCAUCGUAUCCGUGAUUGCGAACGAGCGAGUUCUUCCCUACGAGGAGCCGAAUGUGUCCAAGGAAUCGUUGCAAACCACCAGCUCCACGAGGAGUGCGAGCCCUAAGAAGUCCGAGUCUCUGUAUCAAUCGCCGAAUCACAGCACUCAUCACCUGCCACUCUCCAAUUUGUCGCCGUCCAAGCGGAAUUCCCGUUGCGGCUCGCGCAACUUGCUGUUCGAACAUCAGACCGGGGAAUCUAGGGAUUCCAGCGAAGAGAGAUUAAUCGCUUCCAUAGUACCUGAGGAUGCUUCCAUUCGAUCGUUGGACACCGGUCGUCCGCAGAUUGACGUCGGCAUGGCCGACUCACCGACGAUUAUCAUCGCGUCGAGGCCCCAUUCUCACGAGACCACCGAGUACGUCGACAACACGAGAAAUAUCGAGAAUGCGAGCAGUAGAAGUACGCUCAGUCGAAACAACACUCAAGAGUCUACGGAGGAAGAGUUCAGUGUGAACGACAAUCUGGAGGAUAGACAGAGCAAGGACAGCGCGAGCGAAACGAACACGGAGCCGGGAAUACUGAAGAUCGAGUCUGGUCCCAUGGACGUUCUUGAAGCACGUAGAAGAAUCCCCUCGAAAGUACCGGUACGCGGUACUAGUAGAUACCGAACACUUUCUACCAAAAAAGCCGCGGAGAAGCCCUCGGAGAAGUGCAAGCGGAUGGUGCAACAAUGCUUUACGCAGCUUGAGAAUAAAGACUGGGAAAUAACGAUGAGAGGAUUAAAGUCCCUGUCUCAAAUUUCGAAGCAGUCGCCAGAAUACCUGGAGAUUUUCACGGUUGGAACUAUAGCGAGGCUUUUGGGACGACACGUGAGGAAUCUCCGUUCGCAAGUGGCGCGAGCUGCGUGUCACACUUCCGGCGAUGUUUUUAGUUCGCAGAUUCGGGGCAUUGAUCAGGAUCUGGACGAGAUAGCGGGACCUCUGCUUCACAGGACGGCCGAUACGAAUCGAUUUCUUCGAGCGGAUUGCAACGCAGCUCUGGAUCAGAUGGUGCAGCAUCUGCCGCCUCAUAAAACCAUCGGUGUCAUCGUCCUGCGAGGAGCGAGCCAUCAGAACGCUAUCGUUCGCGCGGCGACCGCGCGACUGUUAUCAGACAUUAUCGAUAACAUUGGGCCCGAUCACGUGAUGAUCUUGCCGCGCGACGUGAGGGAUAAAUUACUGAACACCGGCGCGAAAAUGCUGAUGGACGGAAAUUUGGACGCGAGGAAUCACGCGAAGAGGAUGUUUCGGCGACUGACCCGUUGCGAAGGCUUUCGGAAAGCGCUGACGGAUGCGGUGCCCGAGGCGACGUUACGACACAUCGACAAGAUCAUGAAGACCCUUUAACUGAGAUGGACCGUCCGAGCGAUUUAGUCAGCAUAAUGCAACUUAGGUCUGCCGCCGCUUGGACUACUUCAAAAGACUGCUUCGACGCGGCCGACGACCCGGUCGGAGAAUUGAUUUACGGCACGAAUUUUGUACGAAAGAUGUGUAUAUCAAGGAAAAUGUGAUCAGACAGACGGUCGUGAAUAGCUUCUCUCCCUAUACGCGUACAUUUCCCUUCCGAAAUUACGGAAUCGAAUACAGCGAGAGACGAUUCUUUUUUCAGUGAGGCGCGAGGGAGAGCGCGCGUUGCUCGACUCAUCGAUUUUAUUUAUUUACUUUUUUUUAUCGACAGAGACUCUUAUCGCGCGUGGACGUUUUGAUACUUGAUGACUUUAAUAUACACGCGUGUACAAUCGCGAACUUAAAGGUUGACACGUUUCUUCUUCGAUGCACCUCGGCACACAGCCGACGUCCGAGAGAAGAAAUUAUUUGCUCGAAAAAUUCUCAGAAGAUGAGUUUCAAUUCUUCGCGGCCGUAAUACUUUAGAGGUAAAAGUACUUUAUCGGUAAUAUCCCGAACUCUAUUUGGCCGCGACGGAUUAAUAGGCUUUAAUAAGGUGAAAGAGUAAGACACUUUAUGUUUCAUAUGAUAUACAAAAGUGUUACGUAAGCUUAGACAAGUUUAUCAAUCUUUAUGUCCGCGAUUGUACAUGAAUUUUUUUAUAUAAUUGUAUAAACGAGGCGCACUUCGGCGCGAGUACAUGCGGAGAACAAAUAGUAGUGCCUUCUCACAUAUCGCGGUGACCGUAAUGAAUCUCCCGGCUCGAUCACACACUCGCUCGCACAAACAAAGAAAUAAAAACCGAUCGGCCAAUCGACGCUCGUGACUGACGUAUAAAUAAUCGCCGACGUCACUCGAAAAAAAGGAUAGUCAUGUUAUUGUCGUCUUCACCAACUCUACAUCGACGAGUUGCAGGAAGAGAAAAUCUAAACGAACUUCCUUUUCCGGAGCGGAAAAGGGUUCGAAAUCGUUGCUGGCGGCAAUGAUUCCGUUUCCCGGAGUCGAUGAUGCUUCUGUCAGCCAAAAAUUUGGAUACAUUUGUUCGACACUGUCAAGUGAAUAAAUUGCUGUUUGGCGAUUUGAUCGAUCCACUGAAUAACACUCCAAAACGCGAAGAAGAGAAAAAAAGAGAGAGGAGAAAGAGGGAGAGGGAGAAAGAGAAAAAAACGUCGGCGCGAGUAUCCGUAAAAUUUUGUAGAUUAAAUAUAUCGAGUGUGAUGACAGUUUGAUAUUUGCGAGAGAGAAAUUACAAUAGGCAUCCGAGCAUACGACUCUAAUUUUUAAACCGUCCUUUAGAAUUGUAUAUUUGAAGAAUAAUUCAUAUUUAUACAGAUAUACAUAUAAAGAAAAUAAUAAUUUAUACACAUACAUAUA